UUCUAGGACCAACGUAAUCUCUCUUUUCUCAUUUUUUUUGUUUUGCUAAUACGUAAUCUCUCUCAGACUGCUCUGUCUGUAGAUGCUGCCGCUCAUCAAGACAUAUACUUUCUCGUGUGUUCGUAACUGCGUAUGUGGAAUCUAGGGUUAGGGUUUUAUAUUUAUUAAGCCGAUGGAAGACGAGGGCGAGAAAGAGAUUAUCAAGAUGGACAAUCCUCCCGUUCAACUGCAAGCUCAUCAUGAGUCCCAUGAUACAGAAGAUAAACCUUCUGAGACUGCGGAGCUCGCAAAAACCGAGGAAAAUAGCGAUCUUGAAUCCUCAAUUCUUCCUCAAGUUCUAGAAUCGCAACUACUUGUUGGGCCGCCGCCGUUUUUAUCUGCCGAGGAAGGGAGAACGACCGAGGAGGUAGUGACUCUGUCGGUUGAAGCGAAAAUGCAUGUAUCCGAGAAGUCUGCGCCUGAGAUUGAUGUUAGGCAGGGACUGGAUGAUGCUGCAGAAGACGAUGACAAGGUGGCCGAAGAGGGGAAAGCUGAGCCAGAAUUGAUUGAAGGUGAUACGCCGCUCAUUAGCGCCGACCCAGCAGUGGAUAUAUCAGAGGAAAUGGCAGGAAAUGAUAUUUCUUUGGCUGGUGUGGCCGAGGCUGAUGCAGUGGGCGAUUCUUCUUUGAAAUUCGAUGGUCCAGAGAUCGUGCCUUCUAAUAAAUCUUUGGGUGAGACCCAAGAUGAGGUAAUAAUGAAAGAAGAGGAAACUCAGAUAGUGGAAAAUGCAAUGAAGAUGAAAGAUGAUGAAGCGGGGUCAGAUGAUAGGGAAUGGAGGUGGAAGUCCUGUGAGAGUGACCAACAAUUUGUUUCAGUCGAUCCAUUGAUUCAUUCAGAUGAUUUCAAAGCUAUUGUGACAAAUGAUGUCGUUCCUACUAUAGCAGACGACUCAGACAAUUUGCAAUCCUUUGAUGUUCAGUCAUCUAUUCCAGCUAACGAUCCACAAAAUGUAGAUGUGCAGUCCCCAGUUGCUUCUAAACUGGACCAGGAAGAUGAAGCUUCAACUUACAUGACCUUAUCAGGUACUGUGUGCGAUCUUGCACCUGAACCUGAUAAUGUAGAAGUUAUUGAUUACCAAUCCUUGCCUGCCGCUUUAGUGAGUGUGGAAGACGAAGUCAUGAGACAAGAAAAUGUUGGAAUUACAGAAAUUGAUGCAACAGAAGAGAUUGAAGAGAACCCUAUUCAGCUUUUGGAUGGUCUGCAAACUGUUGAUGACGAUGAAGAUGAAGAACCGAUGGAAGAGAAUAAUACUGAAAUGGAGACAGAGACUGAUGCACCAGAGAUGGCAGAACAAGAUAAUAGAGGUGGCGCUGUUGAAGAGAACCCUAUUCAGCUAUCGGAUGAUCUACAAACUGUUAAUGAGGAUGAGGAUGAAGAGCCAAUGGAAGAGAAUGAGGCUGAAAUGGAGACAGAGACAGAUGCACCAGAGAUGGAAGAACAAUAUAAUGUUGGUGUCUCUGUUGAUCUACAAACUGUUGAAGAAAACCCGAUUCAGCUUUUGGAUGAUCUACAAACUAUUGAUGACGGUGAGGAUGAAGAACCAAUGGAAGAAAACGAGAUAGAGGUACCAGAGAUGGAAGAACAAGAUAAUGGAGGUGGCUCUGUUGAUCUACAAACUGCCGAAGAGAACCCUAUUCAGCUUUUGGAUGAUCUGCAAACUGUUGAUGACGAUUCAACAAAAGAUGAUGAAGAUGAAGAGCCAAUGGAAGAGGACGAGGCACCAACUGCUGAGGCUGAAAUAGAGACAGAGAUGGCAGAACAAGAGGUUGCAGAGAACACUGUUGUAGGGAAGAGGAAAAGAGGAAAGAACACCAAGGUUCCAUUACGAGCUUCAUCUAAGAAGACCACAGGAGAAGAUGUUUGUUUCAUUUGCUUUGAUGGUGGAGAGCUUGUGCUAUGUGAUCGUAGGGGAUGUCAUAAGGCUUAUCAUCCUUCCUGUGUCAAUCAGGACGAAGCAUUCUUUCAAGCAGAAGGUCGAUGGAAUUGUGGCUGGCAUCUUUGUAGCAUUUGUGAGAAGAAUGCACGCUAUAUGUGUUAUACAUGCACUUUUUCUUUGUGCCAAAAGUGCACGAAAGAUGCUGUUAUCUCAUGUGUUCGGGGUAACAAGGGUUUUUGUGAAACUUGCAUGAGAACUGUGAUGUUGAUUGAAAAUAAUGAGUCUGCAAACAAGGAGGAUCAAGUAGACUUUGAUGAUAAGAGCAGUUGGGAGUACCUAUUCAAGGACUAUUGGACAGAUUUGAAGGAAAAACUGUCUCUGACUACUGAUGAAAUUGCCCAAGCUAAAAAUCCACGAAGAGUGUCUUUGGGAAAAGAUGAAUCAAAUGAAGAAUAUAUUGAUGCCAACGAUGGAGGUUCAGGCUCAGACAGUUCAGAGAACCUAGCAGAUAGAAAACCCAAAAAACGAAUGUCUAAGAGAAGAUCGAAAUUGCAUGAGAAUACUGAAGAGGCUGACUUGCCAAAUACUUCAGAGAAAGCUUCUGCGCCUGCAAACACAGAAUGGGCAUCAAGAGAGCUCUUAGAGUUUGUUAUGCAUAUGAAGGAUGGUGACAACUCCGUUUUAUCUCAGUUUGAUGUGCAGGCUUUACUGCUUGAAUAUAUAAAAAGAAACAAGCUUCGCGAUCCUCGUCGGAAAAGUCAAAUUGUUUGUGAUGCAAGACUGGUAAAUCUAUUUGGAAAAGCUCGUGUUGGUCAUUUUGAAAUGUUAAAACUUCUUGAAUCUCACUUUCUUAUGAAGACCGACGCUCAAAUCGAUGAUGUUCAAGGCAUUGUUGUCGAUACUGAUGUUAACCAGGCGGAUAAAGAUGGAACCACCGAUUCUCCAUUUAGUAAGGGAAGUAAAGAAAAGAAACGCAGAACAAGGAAGAAAGGUUAUGAGAGAGAAGCUCAAUCCAAUCUUGAUGAUUAUGCUGCCAUUGAUAAUCACAAUAUAAACUUAAUCUAUUUGCGAAGAAAAUUGAUAGAGGAUAUUCUUGAAGAUAUUGACAAAUUCCAUGAUACAGUUGUUGGGACUUUUGUUAGGAUAAGGAUAUCUGGUAAUAAUCAAAAGCAAGAUCUCUAUAGGCUGGUCCAGGUUACAGGCACAACUAAAGCUGAUAACCCAUAUAAAGUUGGUAAAAGGACCACUGGAUUUUACUUAGAAGUAUUGAACUUGGACAAAACAGAGGUGGUGGUAAUUGACACAAUUUCAAACCAAGAUUUCACCGAGGAUGAAUGCAAACGCCUUCGGCAGAGCAUAAAAUGUGGGCUUAUCAAUAGGCUGACUGUGGGAGACGUCCUGCACAAGGCAACAGAAAUCCAUGCCGCUAGAGUUAAUGAUUGGCUGGAAGCAGAGACACAGAGAAUUGCUCAUCUUCGUGACAGAGCAAGUGAGAAAGGACGGCGAAAAGAGCUUAGGGAAUGCGUGGAGAAACUACAAGUUUUGAAGACACCGGAGGAGCGUCGCCGUAGACUGGAGGAGAUUCCUGAAAUACAUGCAGAUCCAAAAAUGGAUCCAAACUAUGAAUCUGAGGAAAACGAAAGUGACAGGGAGGAAGAGACUAAACAAGAAAAUUUCUCGAGACCUAGGGCAGUUUCUGGCUUUAGCAGGAACGUGAGGGAACCAAUCUCUCCUGGAAGAGGAAAUCUUACAGAGUCAGGAAGUGGUGGCUCGAGGAAAUACUCUGAUAGGAACUGGGAAUUCUCCAGAAGCAGUUCAGGGAAAGAUUUCCUGAACAGAAGUGACGAUAAAGCUUCAGUUAGUUCUCUUGAGGAUGAAAGCACAAGGAAUCAAGGACGAGAUGGAGGCAUACUACAGCAAUCUAACUAUUUUGAAACACCGCCGAAAUCUGAAACAGCUGGGCAAACAAAACAUUCUGUUGUAAGAUCAGAUUCAUUCACUAGUCCAGCAUCUAAUCCUUCAUCGUCGGUUACUAAGAGUAAGGAAACAGAAAAAAUUUGGCUUUAUAAGGAUCCAUCUGGAAAGAUUCAAGGACCGUUUUCGGUUGUUCAGCUGCGGAAAUGGAACAACACUGGCUACUUCCCCACUGACCUGAGAAUUUGGAGAAAUAAUGAAGAUGAAGAUAGGUCUAUGUUUUUGAAGGAUGCCUUGGCAGGAAGAUUUAAUAAUAAUCAGGAAUCACAACCAUCACAUCUUUCAUCCCCAACACCACCUGUCAAGAAGCAGCAGCUUCAUGGGGAUCAAAAUGUAGAGAAAUGGAGAUCAUCACCAACUGUCCAGGUUUCAAAAUUUUCAACUGACAGGUUGGGUUCUGAUUACAUCACUAGAAACGAUAAUCUCCCGUCGCCUACUCCAAACUCUGCCCCGACCCCAACCCCUAUUAUGCCAUCUUCAGUAAAUCAGGUUAUUAGAGGACAGGGGCAUAAUAUGGUCGAAUCACUAGGCAUCUCAGAUAUAACUAGUAAUCAUGAAUGGGUUUCGAAACAAGAAAUGGUUCCACAACAAGCAAAUCAGACUGAAACCCGCGUCAAUAUUGUUCCUUCUCAAACAUCUGAACAAGUUUAUGUUCAGUCAUCAUAUGGCCAUAAUAAUACCUCUACUACUCCUACUCCUACUGCAGCCAUGACUCAAACUGAAACUUGGAGGCCUCAAAUAGUCCAGCAGCAACAGCCAAACGUACCUUGGGCGGGUAAUAUGGUCAUGUCCUCUUCGUGGGGCCCAAUGACAGGUAAUCAACAGUUGGGUGGUUGGGGAGGACCUGUCCCUGUUCCUGUCCCAACUUCAAACAUGAACUGGAACAUGGUACCACCACAAUCACAACCACCCCCACCACCACUACAAGGGCCUAUGAAUCCUUCUGGAUGGGCAGUACCGGGAAACCACCCGGGUCCUCCUAUGCAGCAAGGUGGGUUUAUGCCCGGUAUGGGGAACCCGGGUUGGUUUCCACAAAUGGGUAACCCAGGUCCUAUGGCUAAUACAGGGCAGAUGCCUGGGAAUGGAUGGUUUCAGCCACCACCGGUGACAAAUCAACCUCCUCCUGCUUGGGGCGGGGGAACACAAAUGGGAAAUACAGUUGCUCCUGUCCAAGGAGGGAAUGCAAACCAAAACUGGAGCGGUCAGAAUGGUAACAACAGAUUUUCAGGUCAAAACAGGGCUAGAGAUGAUGGUGGUGGCAAUAAUAGUAGGGGGGGAUGGAAUGGUGGUGGUCGGUCUGGAAGGAAUAAUAAUAAUAAUAAUCGUGUAUGCCAAUACCAUUUGAAUGGACAUUGUAAGAAAGGUUCAGCUUGUAGACAACUUCACAAUUGAAGCAGGUUAGAGUUUUUACUCCUUGUUUUUAUUGUAUAUACAGUCAAUCAAUCAGCUUUCCUUUCUACAUUGAAAAAUUUUGAGCUUUUCCCUUCCCCUUUAUGUUAGCAUUUUGUUGUCCUUUACC